CACUGCGGCCUACACAUUUAGUUACCAUGCCUGCUGUCAGAAAUCAGCUGAUGUAAAUAUAGAGGCGUGAACUUGAAAUUAAGUGAUUUGGUCCGUCAACGAUUAACGCUAUGUUCAAUAUUCGCAAUCUGGUCAGCCGGAUAUCCCAGGCAAAAGAUGGAGAUAGCAGCGAAACGUCCUCAAAUAAGAGUCGAACAUUCUCACAGGCAAGCACUGCGUAUUCUGAUGACGGAGCCGUUCCUGUUGAAGCUGAGGGUUUCCUUUGCCCCACCUGCAUGGCAGCUUUUCCAUCUGCAGACAAUCUUCAGUCUCAUUAUGAAAAGGAACAUUUGGAACCAGGAGCCAAUUAUCUUUGCCCAGUCUGUAAAGCAAGACUUGACAAUGCCACUGAACUAGAGCUUCAUUAUUCAGUUCAUCACUCUGCCUCUUCUGCGAAAGCCACAGGAGAUCAAGAAACUUUAAUACAAGAGAUCAAUACCCUUACUGCAUCCCUAAAUGAGGAAAGAUGGAAUUCCGAAGAAUUGCAUAAAGAAGUCACACAACUCAAGGCAUUGAUUCAAGCACAAGGAUCAGGUGAUGAACACCAAAUGUACCAGCAGCAGCUUCAGGGCCUGUCAGAAACAAAAUCACUGUUAACCUCAGAAGUGCUUCUUCUAAGGAAGCAGUUGGCUGAGGCAUUAGAAACGACGGUGAAUCUUAAACAAGGACGAGAAAAAUUAGAAGAAAAAACUGCACGAAAUUCACAGACUGUGGCACAGUUGCAGGCGUCUUUGGAUGAAAAUUUGGGCCUUGUGGCCGCUUUAAGAGAAAAUAUUAAGGAUCUCGAAACACAACUGGCGCACAACUCAUGCUCAGAUGAUGCCGAAGUUUUGAAGAAGGAGCUCGCAACUGUCCAACACCUAAUGGAUGACUUGGCUACAACCAAACAAAGAGAACUGGGAGAUUUGCAAAAAAAGCUUGACGUCCUUCAGGCUGAUCACGAAGCCCUAAAAAAUCAGCACAAUUCAAGCCAAAGCAUAGAAGAAACUCGACCUUCGGCACCAGAUGAAGAUACACUCGCACGCUUGCAGCAGCUAGAGGCAGACAAUCUUCGUUUAGAAAAUGAAUUAACACGUCAGAAGGAAGAAACUGACGAAGUCAGGCGGAUUUUUUUGGAAAAAAGUGAACAAUUGUUAUCAAUGCAAAAUAUGAGGGAGGAAACAGACAUGUGUGUUGGGCAGCUCCGACAAGAAGUUACGUUGCUUCAGGACAUGUUAAACCAAGCUCGUCACCAAGCAGAAGGACAAGUCUCAGCUAAAGAAGACGAGCUUAUGCGCUUUAAAUUGGAUCUUUCGAAACAUCAACAACAAGUUGAUCAACUGGAAUCCAGAUGCCGUAGCCUGCAGCAAUCCAAUGAUGACCUUACCAACAGUCUCACCCGGAAGGAUCGUGAAGUAGAAGAAUAUAUUAAGUCCCAGCAACAAAUGGCUGGCAAAGCUGUUGUACUAGAGGAAAAAAUUGCGCGCUUAGAGCAAGAAAGAGCGGAACUUUUGGUAAAAAUUGAAGAGGGUGAGGGAUUCGAUGCAGCCAUCCAACAAAUCCAGCAAGACAAUGCACGAUUACAAGAGGAACUCGCAGCUACCAAUAAAACUGUAUCUGCUAUGGAAUGCCACCAGAAAGCCAAAGCUGAUGAAUGGAUCUUUGCUGAAAGUCAGCUAAAAGAAGAGAAGAUUAAAUUGCAAGAGCAGUUGUCCAACUUAUCAAGUCAGCUCGAAGGAACUCGAGAGAAGCAAACAAAUCUUCAGAUAUCUCUUGGAAAGGUCAAUAAAGAUGCCCAAGAUUGGCAAGCCAAGUGCCAUGAGCUCGAAUCGCAAAUACGUAAGAUUGAGGAACACAAUCAAGUUGAAGUAACCCAGUUAACUGAAAAAAAUCGGAUGUCACUCGACAAAGCAAAUGAGGAAAUCCAAGAAUGGCAAGCUAAAUUUCGUCAGCAGGAAUCGAAAAUAAGAGAGCUUGAGGAGCAUAACCUCCUACAAGUAAAACAACUGUCGGAGAAGAAUGAUGAGCUAAAGAAAUUGCACUGUGACCUGGAAGGUGCUAGACAAAAGAUUUCCGGAAAAGAUGACCAGAUUAAUGAUCUGGCGAGUAAACUGGAACAAGCUAAAAACCAUGCACAACAGUUGGGAGAGACCAUUAAGACUCUAGAAGCCGAGAUGUGCCAACUGAAAUCAACUAAUCAAGAGAAUGUUAAGCAAUUGGAUCAACUGCUUUGCCAGUUGAGUGACAAAACAAGUAUCAUCAGCAGAUUGGAAGGUCGAGUGACUGAGCUGGAGCCGCUUGCCGAAGAAGUAGAGCAAGAAAAGCUACGACGUAUCAAAGAUAAGGCCGAAUGGAAUGAACACGAGCAACUCUUGCUAGGCGAAAAAGAAUCAUUUGCAACACUGAGUAAGCACCUCCAGCAGCAAUUAGACGAGCAAAAAACUGAGCACCGCAUUCACCUGCAGCGGCUCAAAAGUGAGUCAGAAGGUCUGCUGAAAGACAAGACCCAGCUAAUCGAGCAAUUGAAUACAGCCAAAGAUGGUCGAGCAAAGGAAAUUAGCGCCUGGCAAGAAAAACGUGUGAAGCUCGAAGAAGAAAUUAAGAGCCUCACGGGCAAUUUGAAAGCAGCGGAAGAUUUAUCGGCAACUCGCUACCAGCGUUGCGAAGAAUUACAAGCUUCGGCAGAGAAAUACCAUACGCUGAAAAUUGAGCUUGAAACGCGGGUAGCUUUAUUGGAGGAGGGAAAUACGGAGUUACAGAACAACUGCACCCAAUGGGAAAACGAAGUUGACAGACUGAAAUUCAACGCAGCCGAAUUGCGCCGUCGCUUGGAAGAUUCACAAGCUGCUCUGCACGAACUCGGUCGUGAAAACCAAAGCCUUCAGAUGGAAAAUGCCAAACUGCAGGGCCGCAAGUGGGCCGAUGAUUCCGAAGUGAAUGAAUGUCUAAGCUGCCAAAAAGGCUUUAACCUUACUGUCAGGAAACAUCACUGUCGUAACUGCGGCCAAAUUUUCUGCAACGAGUGCUCUAGCAAAUCUACUGCCGUUGGUAACAGCCGGAAACUCGUCAGAGUUUGCGAUUCCUGCUUCAAGGAGUUGACCAUAAACUCCGCACGUUAAUAUUUGUCCCCUAUUCUAUUACCGUCUGAUUUAUUUUAAAAUGACAGUAAUUAUGAAUGCCGUCAUUUAAUCCUAACAUUAAUUGCUCCAUUUGAAAAAUUAUUAAGGAAGCAUGUUUUCGUAUCCUGAUUUCAACAUGAAAAUAAAUGUUUAUUUGAUUUA